AUGGGUGUUCCAAGAUUUUUUAGAUGGGUAUCAGAGAGAUAUCCACAAAUUUUACAAAAAAUAUUAGAUUCAAAUCCUCCCGAGUAUGAUAAUUUAUAUUUGGAUAUGAAUGGUAUUAUACAUGCUUGUUCACAAGAAUUUGCAAAUAGUUUAAUAGAAUUUUCAGAGGAAGAAUUAAUUCGUCAAGUUUGUAAUUAUGUCGAUAGACUUUUUCAUACAAUCAGACCAACCAAAUUAUUUUAUAUGGCAAUUGAUGGUGUUGCACCAAGAUCAAAAAUUAAUCAACAAAGACAACGUAGAUUUUUAUCAGUUCACAGAGAUGAGAAAUUAAAACAGAAAUUAAUAUCAGAAGGUAAACCUGUACCAGAGGUAAUCUUUAAUAGAACUGCCAUCACUCCUGGUACUCAAUUCAUGUAUAACCUUUCUGAAUCAAUUCAAUUUUAUAUUAAAAAGAAAAUAUCUGAAGAUUUAUCUUGGAGAGAAGUUCGAGUUAUCUUUUCUGGUCCAGAGAAUCCAGGUGAAGGUGAACAUAAAAUUAUUGAUUACAUUCGUAAAAACAAAGCUAGUCCAGAUUGGGAUGCCAACCAAUCACAUUGCUUAUAUGGUUUAGAUGCAGAUUUAAUUUUAUUAGGAUUAAUUACACAUGAACCAAAUUUUUCAAUUCUUAGAGAGGAGAUAUCAUUUAAGCCAACCAAGAGACAGUUAGAUUUUCAAUUACUUCACAUAUCAUUAUUACGUGAAUAUCUUGACUUGGAGUUAAGAAAUGAUGAUUUAGAGUUUGGAUAUGAUUUAGAGAGAAUCAUAGAUGAUUUCAUAUUGAUUAUGAUAUUUUUUGGUAAUGAUUUCUUACCACAUUUACCAUUUUUAGAGAUUUCAAAAGGUGGUCUAAACUCAAUAUUCGAAUUGUAUAAGAGUAGUCUUCCAUCGUUGGGUGGUUACUUGACAGAGGGCGCCACAAUCGAUUUGGAAAGAUUACAACAUUUCUUCAAGUUUUUACAAAAAUUCGAAAAGAAACAACAACAAGGAAUUAUGGGUUCAACUGAAGAGGAUUUAGAUGAUAAGAAGGUGGAAGUCGCAGAAUUGGUAGAAGAUUCAGUUUUAGAACAUGAUGGAUUAGAUGAAGAGGCAAAGAAAGAAUUUGAAAGAUUAGCAAUGGAAAGAUUAAAAAGUCAUUUCCCAGUUUCUGAUAGUGAAGAUGGAGAAGAAGAUCCUGAUGAACAAUUGGUUAACGAAUUAUAUAAUGUAGAAAACUCUUAUUAUAGACAAUAUUUUAACGAAUUCCCAAAUACAUUGGAUGAGAUUAAAGCAUUUAAAGAGAAAGUUGUAUUAUCCUAUGUCGAAGGUUUAGUUUGGGUAUUGAAUUACUAUCACAACGGUUGUAUCUCUUGGGUUUGGUUCUAUCCAUUCUACUAUGCACCAUUGGCAAUCGAUUUCAACAAUAUACCAGAUUUGCACAUUGAUUUCCAACCAGGUGAACCAAUAACACCAUUCCAGCAGCUUUUAAGUGUAUUACCACCACAAUCGGUUGAUUUAAUACCAAAGAGUUAUCAAACGUUAAUGUUGGAUCUAUUCUCGCCAAUUAUUGAUUUCUAUCCAGUUGAAUUUGAAAUCGAUACAAAGGAUCCUCAUUAUUUCGAUGGUAUUGCAGAAUUGGGUUUCAUUGAUCAUCAAAGACUAUUGGAUGCAACAGCAUCCAUAAAGAAAUCAUUGGCCCAAUCGGGUCAAAAGGUUUUCACCGAUGAAGAAGAGGCUAGAAAUAGUAUCAAGAAUGCCGUUAUCAUCUAUCAUGAUGCCGAUGUUGAUCAAUUUGUUAAAUCACCAAAUUCAAAUGUUUUCAAGGAUAUUGAACAUUCAUCAGCAACAACCGAGGAUAUAGUACUACCAACAUUUGAUAAUCCAUUACCACAUUUCCGUUAUUGUGCUGAUCAAGUUUUAACAGGUGUUCAAUGUCCAUCGGGUUUCCCAACUUUCAAGAGUUUACAAUUCACUUGGAAAUAUCAAAAUUCAGUUAUCGAUGUUUGGGGCAUGAUGUCAAGAAAAGAUUCAUUAAUCGUUGUACCACCUCAUCAAUCGAAACAAUACGAUUGUAACAAUAUCGAUGAAUUUUCAAAAUUGAAAUCAUUAAUCGGUAAAAAAUGUUAUAUCAAUUGGCCAUAUCAUCAAGAGGGUAAGAUCCUUUAUUUCUCUUGUUCAAAUAGAAAAUUGUUUUCAAAGGGAACAACUGAUAAUUCAACACCUCAAAAAUUGGCUUUCCUUGAUCAUGUUAAAAAAACAAAACUUUCAUUACUUCGUAAGGGUAUCAAUAUCUAUUAUGAUAAUGAAAAAGAUGAUGGUAAACAACAAUCUAAUGGUUCAUCAACUGGUUAUACUGCUUCAAAAUUAGGUUAUGAAGAUACUAACACCAUUUUGGUACAUAUCAAUAAAUUGGUUGGUGUUCAAACCAUGCCAAAUGGUAGUACAAAGAAACGUUAUUCAGAUGAAGAGGAUGUUUAUCCAAUUGAAUUAAUGGUAGAUUAUGAUUUAAUUGCAACCGAUUCAAGAUUUGAAGAAAUCGAUGAAUUACCAUUUGAAAAGAGAUUCCCAAUCGGUAAGAAAGUAUUGGUAACAAAGAAACAAUAUUUCGGUACAAUUGGUACAGUCAUCAAUCAUUAUGAUAAUCAACUUCAAUUGGAGAUUAAGGUACCAUCGGUAAAGAUGGAUAUGAACUUUGGUCAUCAAGUUGCAAAGAAAGAGGUUGAAUACUUUCCAAUUCAACAUGUCGCUAAAUUGGUUGGUACUACAGUUUCAAGUAUUAGUCAAUUAACUGCAGGUUUAUUCAUUUUCAAACCAAUGGUUGAUAUUGGUUUAAAUUUAAAAUUCACUGGUAGACAACAACAGGUUUUAGGUUAUUGUAGAGGUUAUGAUGUGAACAGAGGUGGUAACAUUUUUCAUCAAUGGGAGUUUAGUCAAGAGGCUAUCAAUUUAAUCACUGAAUACUUUAACAAGUUCCCAUUACUUCAUCAAAUUUUAGCAUUAUUCUCAAAACCAGAUUCAAACAUUGGUGUUGGUGGUGCUAAAAUGUCAAAGAAUGUCGAUAUCACUCCUUUAUUCGCUACCAAAGAGGAGAAAGCUGAAUUCUUACAAGGAGUCGAAGAGUUUAUUGAAAAGAGUGGCAUUAGAAAGAAAAGAGUUGUACCAUGUGGUACCGACUCUUUAGGUAAGGAAGGUAUUGAAAAGAUUGAAAAAUAUUAUUAUGAUCAAACUCAUCAAACUGAAUAUACAAUUCAAGAGAUUCAUUGUUCAACAACUGAUAUCGUGGAGCCACCCUCUUAUGAAUCGGUUAUUUCAAUGGAAAGACAUCAUCUCAUCAAGGGACUACAACCAAAACAAGAUUUAAAUAACUCUCAAAAUGGUGUUAAAUCUCCAACUUUAUCUUCCCAAAAUUAUUCUUUCCAAUCAUUUGCCAACACUGGUAAAUUCCAUUUAGGUGAUAGAGUAGUUUCCAUUCUAGAUAAAGGUAAUUUACCAUUUGGUACUUUUGGUACUGUUGCCUCUAUUCAAGAUCAAAAGGUUGAUGUUGUCUUUGAUACCGAAUGUUUUGCUGGUAAUAGUUUAGAUGGUUAUUGUUCAGAGAAAAGAGGUAUUUGUAUCUCUAAACUUAGACUUUAUAAUCUUUCUUGUCCACCACCACCACCAAAAUCAACAAUUAAUAAGUUCUAUGAUCAAUCAAUUGAUCCUGCUGAAUAUUGGGAAAAAGUUCAAACUCAACAAAAUAAUAACCAUAAUCAUGGUCAAAAGAAAAUUUAUUCAAAUGGUGGUCAAAAAUUAAAUCAACAAAUUGAUCAACAAACUCCAAUUACUAAUGCUGUUGAAAAUAAAGAAUUAAAUUGGCAACAAUUACAAUUGAUAAAUAAUAUUUCUAAUCCACAACAACAUAAUGCCAAUAAUAACAAUAACAAUAACAAUUAUAAUAAUAAUAAUAAUAAUCAUCAUCAUGGCCAAAAUCAUAAUCAAAAUAAAGUUAAUCAACAUCCAUUAGCAAUUAAUAAUCCAAAUUCUGUUAAUUAUCCAAUGAAGAGAAAACCAACUUAUGUUAAACAAAAUUUUGAACAACAAGAAUAUGCUGAUCUUUCUAAAAACUAUCCAAAUUUAGAGUAUAACUUUUAUUAUGAUCAAAAUGAUCAAAGAAAACAACCACAACAAUUACAACAACCAAAACCACAACAACAACCACAACCACAACCACAACCACAACCAAAACAACCAAAGCAACCAAAGCAACCAAAACAAUCUAAACAACCACCUCAACAACCACCUCAGCAACCACAAGAACCAAUUGAUCCAGAAAAAUUAAGACAACAAACUAGAACAAACAAACGUUUGAAUUUAAUCUAUCAAAAUAUUGAACAAAAUUCUUUCCCAGGAUCCCAAUCUUCUGAGCACAAUAAUGGUGAUGGUAGUAGUGAAGAGCAAGUUCAAACCAAUCCAAAUGCUCUCUUACUCUUGAACAAUAUGUUUGCUUCAACCUCCAUUUCUUCUGAUCAAACUAAUGAUCCAGAUGGAUUACCUCAAGGUCCACCACCACAUAUGAUGGGCCAUUAUCCACCAGGUCCACCACCUAUGAUGGGUUACCCACCACAUUACCAUCCAGGUCAUUCUUAUCCACCACCUCCACCACACAUGAUGGGUAAUUAUCCACCAGGUCCACCACCACCACAUAUGAUGGGUUAUCCACCACAUUACCAUCCAGGUCAUCCUUAUCCACCACAUCAUCCAGGUCAACAAGAAGAGCACCACCAUCAUCAACAACAACAACAAGAACAACAACAACACCCAACACAACAAGAACAACCAAACCAACAUCCAAAGAAAAAACAACCAAAACAACCAAAACUACCAAAACAACCAAACCAAAAUCAAACACAACCAACCCAAGAUGGUCAACAGCAACAGCCACCAAAACAACCUAAGCAACCAAAUCCAAAUCAAACACCAAAACAACCAGCACAACCAAAACAAACCAAGCAACCUGCACAACCAAAACAACCAGCACAACCAAAACAAGCUGCUCAAACAAAACAACCAGCUCAACCAAAACAACCAGCACAACCAAAACAAGCUGCUCAAACAAAACAACCAAAACAACCAAAACAAUCUAAACAACCAGCUCAACAAACUUCACCAACAACCCCAAAUCCAACAACAGAAACAAAUCUAAAUCCAACAAUAGAAACAACCUCAACUCCACCAACACCAACCACUGCUCAAUAA